GGGACACUCCCUCUUGGUUAUGGACAACUCGAGCAGUGUUGAAGCACCCUUACAUGAGGUAAACUCUCAAAGGGCACAUUACAGUACGCUGACAAACAUACUGGCAUUGUUCUCCACUUGAAACAGGUGGUUUAGGGGAUUUGGGGAGGAAUACAAAAGGAUAAUACAAAAGCAAGGAAUAAAAGACAAAUUAUUCAACGUGCCAAGAAUUUUAAGUUGGCGCUCCACACAGUUUGAGGAAGACAUCUGGAAACAUCUGGAGUUAGACACAAGUGGGCCAAACAAACAAACAAAGAAUGUUUGAUGGAUUAAAAAGUGCCCCAGAAUUGUGGAUUAAAGAAUGAAAGAUUGAGAGGUGGACUGCAGAUCAUUUUUCCACUGAGGAUCUUGUUCCUUGCGUGGGAUCAGGUUGUUUGCCAGCCGACUUUGAGGCACGGCAGGUGUGGUGUUUUCUUCCCUCAUCCUUCUGAAGACCGAUUAGACUGAAAACAGGUCUGAUUAUUUGGUUCUCUUCUCAAAUUUCAAUGACUACCAACCCUGUCCUUUAACUUAACCACUGUCAACCUCCUUCAAAUGUACUUCUUUAAAGGGAGCCAUUUCUAAGACCAACUGUUUGUUUUUCAUCAGGACAUAAAAAAAAGUUGUAAUUAUACCCUCGCUUUAAUUUUUGUAUUCUGCUGUGUGUCGCAUGAGUAGAGUCGUGUUAUGGUAGAAGAGAGAAGACACGCGGUGGUUGUUAGACUAAAGUAGUAGAAAAGGCAGAGGGAAGGAAGAAGAGGGGAGAUAAACAGAGGGAAUUAAAGAGUAAACCUCUCUGUGUCUACCGUUGAUCUAAACAGCUCCCGUCACAAAUCACAGCGGUGCCUUUUGUUAGUGACGGAUCUGUGAUACUCGUAAGACAGUUUGGCCUACACAGACAGACGGUACAUGCAGAUAGUCUGAGACAUACAGUAACAGUCCCUGUGUGGUGUGUCAGUGCUCUGCAACACACACCAAAGUACAAUCUGCUCUUGUGUGGAUUGAAGGCCAAAAGAACAUAGACCAACCAAAGACUUGUAAGUUAGAAAAAAAUAUAUAUAAAAGCACCCGGGUAGAACUUCUUCCACGAUGUCAUCAGACACCUUGAAAGAUCUCUCCCAAACCACGGAGAGCUUGGACAGACCGGACGCCUCCAGAACGUACAUCUACACCCACGCCUGCCCAUGCACGGGAAGAAGACGCAUCCGUGGCAACAACAACAGCACCUACAGACACCCUCUCCAUCUCCCGCUCUUCCCUGUGGCUCUCAUCCUCGUCCCUUUGCUGCUCUGUCUCUGGGGCCACCAGGCCCAAGGAGUCGUCCACUCCAGCUUCCGCCGCCUCAGCAGCCGAGAGAAGAAAGAGAUGCAGAGGGAGAUCCUGUCCAUCCUGGGUCUACCGGGCCGGCCCAGACCCCAUCCUCCCCUCCGACCGCCCUCCUCAGCCCCCCUCUUCAUGCUCGACCUGUACCACGCUGUGUCGGCCGAGGGGGAUGAGGGAAACGGAAUAGGGAAUGAGGUAGGGGGACUGGGGUUCGGCGGUCUGGAUGGGUUGACGGGCCACGUCAGUCAUGCCGCACUGCCCACUCUCAGCACACACACUCCGCCACUGGGUACGGUGGUCAGCGAGGCCGAUACGGUCAUGAGCUUCGUUAAUCUGGUGGAGCAGGAGCGGGACCUGCUGCAGCCACGGCCGUACUGGAAGGAGUUCCGUUUUGACCUGACGCCCCUCCCCCAGGGGGAGACGGUCACGGCUGCAGAGUUCCGCAUUUAUAAGACCCUGACCAUGGGCCAGAGGGCCAACAGGACCCUGCACAUCUCCGUCUACGAGAUCCAACGGGAGAACAAACACAGAGAGCCAGAGCUGGUGCUGCUGGACAUGCAGUCAGUGCCCGCGGGGCAGGAGGGCUGGCUGGCUUUUGACGUGACCUCUGCCAGCAACCGUUGGCUCCUGCACCCCCGCAGCAACCUGGGCAUUCGUCUCUAUGUGGAGACAGAGGAGGACCGGUCCUUGUCAGCUGGGUGGGUAGGAUUGGUGGGUCGAAGGGGCCCCCGCUCCAAACAGCCCUUCAUGGUGACCUUCUUCAGAGCCAGCCAGGUCCCCUGUCGCCCCCCACGCGCCCUGAAACCCAACCCCCGCAAGAGGAAGCCCAAAUAUGACCUGCCCCUUCCCAGUAUACAUGGUGAGGUCCUACAAGAUCACAGCCACGUCAACAGUGGACGUCAGGCUUGUAAGAGACAUGAAUUAUAUGUGAGCUUUAGUGACCUAGGCUGGAAGGACUGGGUCCUGGCUCCUAGUGGUUACUCUGCCUUCUACUGUGAUGGAGAAUGCCUAUACCCUCUGGGUUCCUGCAUGAACGCCACCAACCACGCUAUGAUUCAACUAGUGGUUCACCUUUUGAAGCCGGAUGAGGUUCCCAAAGCGUGCUGCGCACCCACCAAGCUCAGUCCCAUCUCUGUACUCUUCUACGACGACAACAACAAUGUGAUCCUAAAGAAGCAUCGCAACAUGGUGGUCAAGACCUGUGGAUGCCUGUAACAUCUGUGGUGGCCCAUCUAUUCUACAUCAUUUUAAUAAACUUCACUACCAUUGUUCCAAAAGAUACAAACAGGGUUGAUUGCAAUAAUCUGGCAAUAUGCGGAAAAAUAGUAUGUAUCUACACUGAACAUAAAUAUAAACUCAACAUGCUACAAUUUCAACGAUUUUACUGAGUUAUAGUUCAUAUAAGGAAAUCAGUCAAUUAAAAUAUGUUCUUUGGGCCCUAAUCUAUGGAUUUCACAUGACUGUGCAUCUGUUGGUAACAGAUACCUUUUUAAAUGAAGAUAGGAGCGUGGAUCAGAGAACCAGUCAGUAUCUGGUGUGACCACCAUUUGCGUCAUGCAGCGGGACACAUUUAAUUUAAUGUUUUUGUUAUUUUUUAUUUAACUAGCCAAGUCAUUUAAGAACAAAUUCUUAUUUACAAUGUCGGCCUACCCCGGCCAAUCCCGACGUUGCUGGGCCAAUUGUGCACCGCCCUAUGGGACUCCCAAUCAUGACCCGAUAUCAUGCAGCCUGGAUUCCAACCAGGGACUGCAGUGAUGCCUCUUGCACUGAGAUGCAGUAACUUAGACCGCUGCGCCAUUCGGGAGCCCACAUCUCCCUAGCAUAGUUGAUCAUGCUGUUGUUUGAGGCCUGUGGAAUGUUGUCCCACUCGUCUUCGAUGGUUUUUAAAAGUUGCGGGAACUGGAACGCGCUGUCGUGCACGUCGAUCCAGAGCAUCCCAAACAUGCUUGUGAGUAUGCAGAACACGGAAGAUUUGGCACAUUUUCAGCACCCAGGAAUUGUGUACAGAUCCUUGCGAAAUGGGACCGCGCAUUAACAUGCUGAAAUAUGAGGUGAUGGCAGAGGAUUACUGGUACAGCAAUGGGCCUCAGGAUCUCAUAGAGGUAUCUCUGUGCAUUCAAAUUGCCAUCGAUAAAAUGCAAUUGUUCGUUGUCCGUAGCUUAUGCCUGCCUAUACCGUAACCCCAGUGCCACCAUGGGGCACUCUGUUCACAACAUUGUCAUCAGCAAACCGCUCGCCCACGCGACGCGGGAUUGAUCCUUAAAAGAGCACACUUCUUCAUUUACAUUACAUUUAAGUCAUUUAGCAGACGCUCUUAUCCAGAGCGACUUAUAAAUUGGUGCAUUCACCUUAUGACAUCCAGUGGAACAGCCACUUUACAAUAGUGCAUCUAAAUCUUUUAA